AAUGAGUGGUAUGGUAUCAACAACAACACGGUGAAGUGGUGGUAUCCGGUAAGCGGUUUCAGUCAUUUUUUCCCUUCCUUAUAAGCAGCAGGAGCACGAGCUCCCAAGGAAAGGGAAAGCAUUGCCUGCCUCAAUCAGAUCCCCCAACACCAAGCUAAAAGUAAUAAACCCUCCGCUAAUCCAUCCGCAACGCGAAAGAUGAAGAAGGCUUCGUCGCUCUCGGAGCUGGGCUUCGACGCCGGCGACGCGUCCUCGGGCUUCUUCCGCCCGGUGGCGGACGGCGGCGGCGCCACGCCCACGGCGCACCGCCGGAGGCUGACCAAGGUCUCCGUGAUCGGCGCCGGCAACGUGGGCAUGGCCAUCGCGCAGACCAUCCUGACGCGCGACCUCGCCGACGAGAUCGCGCUGGUGGACGCGCUCCCGGACAAGCUCCGCGGCGAGAUGCUGGACCUGCAGCACGCGGCGGCGUUCCUGCCGCGCACGCGCCUCGUCUCCGACACGGAUCUGGCCGUGACCCGGGGCUCCGACCUGGCCAUCGUCACGGCCGGCGCGCGGCAGAUCCCCGGGGAGUCGCGGCUCAACCUGCUGCAGCGGAACGUGGCGCUCUUCAGGAAGAUCGUGCCUGCGGUGGCGGAGCACUCGCCGGAGGCGCUGCUGCUCAUCGUCGCCAACCCCGUGGACGUGCUCACCUACGUGGCGUGGAAGCUGUCGGGGUUCCCGGCCAGCCGCGUCAUCGGCUCCGGCACCAACCUCGACUCGUCCAGGUUCAGGUUCCUCCUCGCCGAGCACCUCGACGUCAACGCGCAGGACGUGCAGGCGUACAUGGUGGGCGAGCACGGCGACAGCUCGGUAGCGGUGUGGUCGAGCGUGAGCGUGGCCGGCAUGCCGGUGCUCAAGUCGCUGCAGGCGAGCCACCGCAGCUUCGACGAGGCGGCGCUGGAGGGCAUCCGGCGCUCCGUGGUGGACAGCGCCUACGAGGUGAUCAGCCUCAAGGGCUACACGUCCUGGGCCAUCGGCUACUCGGUGGCCAGCCUCGCCGCCUCGCUCCUCCGGGACCAGCGCCGCAUCCACCCGGUGUCCGUCCUGGCGAGGGGGUUCCACGGCAUUCCGGCGGAGAACGACGUGUUCCUCAGCCUGCCCGCCAGGCUCGGCCGCGCCGGCGUGCUCGGCGUCGCGGAGAUGGAGCUCACCGAGGAGGAGGCCAGGAGGCUCCGCCGCUCCGCCAAGACGCUCUGGGAGAACUGCCAGCAGCUCGGCCUAUAAAUUCAUUCAUCAAUUCGUUCCCUAGUACCAUCUUCAGCCAUCAACUCAACUGCUCCUUGUGCAGUUGUGCUCUGCUCUGGAUCGUCAAUCUUUGUGUUACCGCACCGCACGUUGAUUACGCUAAUGUUGGUUUUCUCAAUAAUAUCUUAUCAUUGUUAGAUCGAGCUUCUUGCUAGCUCUUGGAUCGAAUGAAUUAUACACCUGAAACCAUCCAUGUGUCAUUUUUCCUCUCA